AUGGCGAUGGAAGUGGAAGCUGACAGUGGCAGAGGUAUAUCAAGGAGGGCUCAUGAGAAAUGCCCGAGGGCGGUGGAGCGCAACGGCUAUGUGAAAACAUGUGUCACCCCUCUGUAUCAGGACGCAGGCUGCCAGUCGUGGCUGAGACUCGCAGAAAAAUGGAGUUCCCGGAGACUGUCCUCCGCAGUGUGUGUGGGCUCUGUAUCAGUUAUUCUCGCUUUGCUGGUCAGAUUGGUUGACUGGGACGUGGAGCAGCAGAGUUGCGGCAGUAACAGAGAGAAUAACGGCGAGUCUGGAUCUCUAGUUCAUUUCGUGGCGAGCUGUGUGGUGGAACUGUUGUUGAACGUAUGGUACCUGGUGUGCCCUGUCUUCACUCUCGUAUGUGCCUUCUUUUGGGUUGGCUUGUACCUGAUCCGUUGCGGGGUGCUGAUCCGGACCGCCGUGUUUCUGUUGGCAGUGUGUCACUUGGGCGAAGCCGCGGCGCAGUCUCUCCUGCACGGUGCGGAGGACCAGUUGCUGUCGUUUACCGCCACCGUGGUGGUUCUGUCCUGUCUAGCCGGCGGGGCGCUGAUGGUGGUCAGGCUCGGACAGGGGGUUUCCGUCAUCGUCUUCAUCAGCAUCAUCAGGACUGUGUCUCUCAUCUCCCUCAACAAGGUCCGGGCCAGCUGGAGACCCUACCUGGCGUACCUGGUAGGAGUGCUGGGAGUCCUGCUAGCGAGGUAUGCUGACCGGCUCCUGACGGGCUCAGGGCCACUCGGGGCGGGUUGUAGCUACGUGACAGCGGGGAAGGAAGAUAAUAUCAUUCCCGUGUUUAAAAGACGACGGAGGUCCAGUUCGGUGGUCUCUUCAGACAUGGCGCACAGUCACAGCAACAGCAAGUCCCACCGAAGGACCUCGCUCCCAUGCAUUCCACGGGAACAGAUGAUCUCACAGACUGAAUGGGACCACAAGAGGGGUGCCCGGGGAUCCCAGUCGUCGGGCACCAGUGUGUUGGUGGACAUAGCGGUGAUGGGGGAAGCCCAUGGAUUGAUCUCAGACCUGCUGGCGGACCCCUCUCUGCCCUCCAACACUUGCAGUUCCCUGCGGGCUGUCAGUAACCUGCUCAGUACCCAGAUCAGUUUGCAGCCGCUGCACCGGCCUCGAAUCAGCCCUCUGCAGGCACUCAGUGACACACACACCUGCUCCGACUCCGAGGACUGGCCAGAGAGAGAGAAACUCGCCAUCCCAAAGCGUCUGAGACGGAGCCUGCCUCCAGGCCUGCUGAGAAGGAUCUCCUCUACAUGGACCACCACCACCUCAGCUACAGGUCUUCCCACCAUAGAACCAGGACCCGUACGCAGAGACCGCUCUGCCAGCAUCAAACCCCUCCACGACAGUCCACCAUGCAGUGAGUCGUGGAACAGCUCUGUAAUGCUCACCAUCUCGAAGAGUCGCUCCAUGUCUGCCUCCUACUCUGCUUCAGCCACCUCCAACCACCUCUACAACAGACGAAUGACCAGACCAGAUGACCCGGCAGUGGCAUCGUCAGACUAUGAGAGCACCUACGAGACCAACCACAGUGACAGCAGUGACUUUGCACAGAACGAGGACGACGGGGAGGGGGCCAAGAAGCCCUCAGACACCCAGGACGGGUGUAGGUCGUACCAGCCUGAGGGCAUCGACACACAGCCCAUCCUGGCCCCAGAGCCUCUGGUAAUGCCAGAGCUGGAUCCUCUGAUGACUCAACUCAACAACUGGAACUUCCCCAUCUUCAACCUGGUGGAGAAAACACACGGCCGCUCAGGAUGCAUCCUCAGCCAGGUUUCCUACCGCCUGUUUGAGGACACGGGACUGUUUGAGACGUUCAAGAUUCCUGUCAGGGAGUUCGUGAACUAUUUCCAUGCUCUGGAGAACGGAUACAGGGACAUCCCAUACCACAACAGGAUCCAUGCCACUGACGUGCUCCAUGCCGUGUGGUACCUCACCACCCAGGCCGUGCCAGGCCUGCCCAACCUCCUCACAGACCACAGCUCAGACUCUGACUCUGACAGUGGGCUCCUCAACCCCAGCCAUAUAGGCCAUACAGGGUUCCUGGUUUCUAAGAUGUCUGCGGUGAUGGAGGAGGGUUAUGGAUGUCUGUCUGGCCUCAUCCCAUCCCUGGAGCUCAUGGCUCUGUAUGUGGCUGCAGCCAUGCACGACUACGACCACCCUGGACGGACCAACGCCUUCCUCGUGGCGACUAGCGCUCCUCAGGCCGUGCUAUAUAACGACCGCUCGGUGUUAGAGAACCACCACGCUGCGUCGGCCUGGAACCUGUUCAUGUCCCAGCCAGAGUACAACUUCCUGGGCAACCUGGAGCAUGUGGAGUUCAAACGCUUCCGCUUCCUGGUCAUCGAGGCCAUCCUCGCCACCGACCUGAAGAAACACUUUGACUUCCUGGCAGAGUUCAACGCCAAGGUGGGUGACGAUGGCUGCUCGGGCAUUGACUGGUCCAAUGAGAACGACCGGUUGCUGGUGUGUCAGAUGUGCAUCAAACUGGCAGACAUCAACGGCCCACUGAAACACAAGGACCUGCAUCUACAGUGGACCGAGGGCAUUGUCAAUGAGUUCUAUGAACAAGGCGAUGAGGAGUCGAGUCUGGGCCUUCCCAUCAGCCCCUUCAUGGACCGCUCUGCGCCACAGCUCGCCAAGCUCCAGGAGUCCUUCAUCACGCACAUCGUGGGUCCGCUCUGUUCCUCCUACGACUCCGCCGCCCUCAUGCCGGGGAACUGGGUCGACCCCGCCGAUGCACGGAGGAAGGAGGGAGAGGAGGAAGAGGAGGUGGGGGAACGAGAGACAGAGGAGGAAGAGGAGGAUACAACAGAGGAGGAUGUGUCGACUAGCUCUGAGAGUUCCCGUAAGAGCAUGUUGACCAGGAGGAGAGUGUUCUGUCCCAUCACUCAGCACCUUCUGGACAACCACGAAAUGUGGAAGAGAGUCAUCGCCUCGGAAACCCAGGACACGCCGGACAGAGAGGCGCCUAACUGCCUCAGCAACCCCGCAGAGCCAAUCACAGCCAUCCACGAGGAGGAGGAGCCAGCCAGCAAGGAGGAGCCAAUAGAUGGCCAGGGAGAGGAGACAGAAGGGGAAGAGACGGGGCUUGCAGAGGAAGAGGACGUGGCCGAGCAAUCAGAGACUGCAGAGAAAAGGGAGGAGGAGCUGGAGUGAGAGGAUUAUCUUUGACCCUUGAAGAUCAGGAAACGGAACAUUUAUCCAAACUCAUACCCUCUCCCAACUAGACUUUCUGACUCAUGUCAGAAAUUAUACCCUAUUCCCCAUGUAGUGCAGUAGCUGGCCAAAAAUAGUGUACUAUACAGGGAUUGGGGUGUUGUUUGAGACGCAGCCCCUGAUAUUUGGUUGCCAGCAAAUCACUUAGACACAACA